GGAAGGUACUUAGGUACGAUCAUCUAGUAGCUUCCAUUGUGGGAACUCGGUGGUGGCUGGAUUGACUGGUUGCGAGGGUGGGGCCUACCGUCAAGCGGCAGUCGUCAUCUGGUCUGGGCUUGUCCGGGGAAGGCACGGCUGCCAACUGCCAACAUCACUUCUCACUUCUCUUCCUGUUUCAACUCCCGUAUCGCAAAACUUAAACAAACAUGUCAAUGUCAAUCUCAAGUUGCCGAUCUGUACUGCCACCCCCUUCGAACUCAUCCGUUACUAUUCCUCGAUAAGUAUCCGACUACACCCUUUACCUAUGUAUUCCGAGAGCUAGAAUGUCAUCGCAAUAUAAUCCUUCGUAGCCCAUCCGUCUUCGAAAUACUCCAAGCUUUCCAAUGGGAUCCUCCGAUUGCCUGGACGACCUCUGUUUGGCACCGGGCCUGGCCGCGCCUUCAGCAGUGUCUAUGUCAUUAUCUUUGGCACCUUUCACCAUCACCUUUCUCGUCGUCUCUAUCCUAGUCUCGCAAAAAAUCUUCCCUCAACUAGCGCGCGUCCAAAAUUCACGCGAUGGCGAAGACCACUUUCUCCCCUCCGAUGCGCCCCCAUCGCUUCAACAAGCCCAUGCUGAGCACGGUGCCAAAUCGAUACGGAGACGUGUAGCAGAAGGUGCUUUUUGUACGACUGUUGGACUGGCAGUUGUUUUGGGCGAGUUGAUCUUGUGUGAAAUAUCGGAAUUGGUCAAUCCCUAUGCCCGAGCUCUGGCUCUGCGAGUCACUGUCCCAACCCUCUUGUUCCUCCUUAUCGUACUGAUCCCUUUUCUCGAACUCCAAUCACUCGUCACAGGCUCGGGAUGGUCUUUUCAACGCACGUCUAAAGGAAACAUACCUAGGGCUGCUUGGGUGCUUCAGUUUGCGAUGUUUGGCGUUUGGUUAUUUGCCUUCUGGUCGCUUGGAAAUCUCGUCCCGGUCGGCAGCGAGGCCGCGCGUACUAGUGCUAGAAUGGAAAAAUUCCGUGCCGAGCCCCUAUACUCUGCGACUCUAGCACGCGCCUGUCUCGAGCGCAUUGGUGUUAUUGGUAUCUCGCUGAUGGCUUUGUUAUCUGGAUUCGCUUCGGUCUCUUCACCAUGGCAUACAUUCGGAAGUCGUGCAUCACGACGCCCUGUGACGGAGGCUGAUGUCUCCCGUAAACAGGCGGGCCUAGAUGCUACUAAUGAGAUGCUACUAACUAAACGACAUCGUCUGCAAAGUCUACUGCGCAAGGUAUCAGAAACACCUUCAGCUGAGAAACGUGGGUUUGUCACCAAGGUCAUCGGUUCCUUCCGAGGCGGGGGCGAUGCGGCAGAAAUCCGUACGUUACGUCUCGAAAUUGCUGGCUUGGAAGCCAUGGAAGCGAAUCUGUCUUCAUCUCUAUCUAUGUUGCGUUCAAGGCAAGCCAAUUCAGCGCGUGCCGCUACCUUUUCCGGGAAGCUUCUCUUAAUACCCACUUACGUGUUCAGCGUAUACUGCGUUUAUCGUAUAAUAGCGACUACUCUAACUACUUUACGGCGGUUAUACUAUCCGGCCGCCUCGUUUUCCUCAUCUGAUCCGAUUAAUCGAUUCCUUGGGCUUUUGGCCAAACAUUGGGAUCCGAAGCUUGAUCAAAUCGCAUGGGCCAGACAGAUCUCAUUUUUAUUAUCUGGUGUGAUUCUACUUGCGAGCGCAAACAGUGCACUUCAAACAUUCCAUUUCCUCGCUAAGUGGACUCCCGGGCUUUUGUAUCAGGCUCAGGCCAAUUUGGCUCUAUUGAUCGGGCAGAUCAGCGCCAUCUACGUGAUCUCUGCUGCACUACUUCUACGUAGCAACCUUCCUAAAGAGGUGGGCAGUGCCGUCGGCGACGCUCUAGAAAGCGCUCUGGAACCAGGUUUUGUAGAUAGAUGGUUCGAGGGCUGGUUCCUCUUAGCAAGUGUGGUCACAGCAGGAGGAAUCUGGCUAGGUGGGAAAAUAGGCGAAUGGAGCGAAGAAUGGGACGACAUCGGUAUGGAAGAGAUGGGUCAGAAACGAUCAUGAGGAUACGAAUACAAAGCUUCAUCACACCAUAAGAGUUCCCAGUACCGUCAAACGAUCGAACAGGGACGCCAUACCAAAUACUGUAGACCUGCCUCUACACCUCACGUUCCGCUAAACCACCCCUUCACCGGAAAGGUAUCACGUAGUCUGUCAGCAGAAACGCAAGCAGAUUUCACCUAUCGUAGCUAC